AUGUUCUCUGCCAUGCUAGUGGAUCUCUAUCGUAACGAACGCACGGGGAUCCGCAUCGCCUAUAGGAAGGACGGCCACCUCCUCAACCACAGGUGGAUGCACAUUCAAUCGCGUAUAUCCACAACUACCGUCUAUGGACUUCUUUUCGCCAACGACUGCGCCCUCAAUGUAACUACUGAAGGAGACAUGCAAAUGAGCAUGGACCUCUUCGCCACUGACUGCGGCAAUUUCGGCCUUAUCACCGACGCGUAG